AUGGAAGCGGGCGAGUUGGUACCUCUUGUGAGAAAUUGUCUUGGAUCUGAUCAAAGAGGCAAUGUAAAAGAAGUUGCCAAGGGCUCCAAAGGGUUCCUUAUAGAUGGCUAUCCUCGAGAGGUGAAGCAAGGAGAGCAGUUUGAGAACGAGAUCCAAGAGGCAAAAUCUGUUAUCUAUUUCGAUGUUCCAGAGGAUAUUCUGGUUAAACGCCUUCUACAUCGAGCCAAGACAAGUGGACGUGCUGAUGACAACAUGGAUACGAUCAAAAAGCGCUUGAAGACCUUUACGACUGCAACUGCUCCAGUGGUCGAUUACUACGAAAAGAAGAAGAAGCUCAUCAGGAUCGAUGCUCAAGGCACCAUCGACGAAAUAUUUGCAGUGGUUCAGCAACAUCUGGACAAAUUAAUACCUUCGGAAAAAGUAACCGUGGAAAGGAAGCACAUCGACUUGACUCCACUGAAGAAGGCCAAGGUCCCCAUUUUCUUCAUCGUGGUCCUGUUUGGGAAAGGAACACAGUGUGAAAAGAUCGUGGCCAAGUACAAAUUAUCUCAUCUAUCGUCGGGAGAUCUUCUAAGGGAUGAGGUCAAAUCAGGCUCGCCAAGAGGAGCUCAGCUCACUAAAAUAAUGGAAGCGGGGGAGUUGGUGCCUCUUGAAAUUGUCUUGGAUCUGAUCAAAGAGGCAAUGCUAAAAGAAGUUGCCAAGGGUUCCAAAGGGUUCCUCAUAGAUGGCUAUCCUCGAGAGGUGAAGCAAGGAGAGCAGUUUGAGAACGAGGUCGGUACCUUGAAGAAAUUGCGGCUAUCUCGUCGUUUUCAAUUCCUAUUACAUUUUAGAUCCAAGAAGCGAAAUCUGUUAUCUAUUUCGAAUGUUCCAGAAGAUAUUCUGGUUAAACGACUUCUACAUCGGGCCAAGACGAGUGGACGUGCUGACGACAACAUGGAUACGAUCAAGAAGCGUCUGAAGACCUUCACAACUGCCACGGCUCCAGUGGUCGAUUACUACGAAAAGAAGAAGAAGCUCAUUAAGGAUCGAUGCUCAAGGCACCAUCGACGAAAUAUUUGCAGUGGUUCAGCAACAUCUGGACAAAUUAAUACC